AUGGUGCUCAGGAAUACCAGCGGAGGGUUUCUGAGCCUGGAUCCCACCGCCCCAGCCUGGGAGAGCACACUCGCACCGGUGAAUGGAAGUGACCACGCCUUUCUGCAGACUUUCCCCUUGGGGAUCCUGAUCGUGUCCUUGCUGAGCCUGACCUUUGCCCUCGGUGGGCUGGUGGGAAACCUGAUCGUGCUGUGGCUCCUGGGCUUCCGCGUGCGGAGGAACACCUUCUCCGUCUACAUCCUCAACCUGGCAGGAGCCGACUUCCUCUUCCUCUCCUUCCAGGUUGUCUAUAUUCUAGUGAAGCUUGUCAACUUCCAUUCCGUGUCCCUUUCCAUCCCCAGGUUUUUCGUCUUCGCGUGGACCUUUGCCUACAUCGCAAGCCUGAGCCUUCUCAGUGCUAUUAGCACAGAGCGGUGCCUGUCAGUCCUGUGUCCCAUCUGGUACCGCUGCCACCGCCCAAGACACACAUCAGCUAUGACGUGCACCCUGCUCUGGGCCCUCUCCUUGCUGCUGAGCAUCCUGGAAGGGGAGUACUGUGGCUUCCUGUUUCGGGGUUUCAAUGACAAUUGGUGUCGGGCGUUUGAUUUCAUUGCUGCCACCUGGCUAAUUCUCUUAUUUGUGCUUCUCUCUGGGUCCAGCCUGGCCCUGCUCAGCCGAUCGCUGUGUGGCCGCCAUCGGCUGCGGCUGACCAGGUUGUAUGCCACCGUGGCGCUCACAGUGCUGGUCUUCCUCCUCUGUGGCCUGCCCUUUGGCAUCCACUGGUUCCUCUUACACUGGAUUCUGGUACAGUCCUCGGAUACAGUCCUCAAGCAUCUUUAUCUGGUUUCUGUUCUCCUGUCCUGCAUCAACAGCUGUGCCAACCCCAUCAUUUACUUCUUCGUUGGCUCCUGUAGACAGCGGUGGGCUCAGCGGCACAGGACCCUCAGGAUGGUCCUCCAGAGGGCUCUGCAGGAUGUAUCAGGAGGGGAUGAGAGUGAAGCCAGACUUCCUCAGGAAACUCUGGGGAUGGCCGGAAGAAGUGUGGUAUUCUGAGUCAGUCUGUCUCCCUCAGACAAAUGUGCCUUUGAGAGCCAACUCUCUCCCCAACAGUUUGGGAGGUUUUCUUGACUUCUCUCAGCCUCUGGGUGCCCUGGUCUUAAAGCCUUCAAGUUUUAAGAUAAAGCUGAAGGUUGAGAUAACAAUCCUCCUCGUGAGGACUGAGACAGAGCCUGUCAGGCAGACACUGAAGUCCAGUGCCCCAAGGACAGCCUCCCCCAGGACCUUCACACCAUCCCCAGCUUUGCCAACUCUCAGGUCCCCUUCUGAACAGUCCCACCUUCAACAGAGGCUGAACGAGAUACAGGAAAAGUCGACAUUUUCUUUGGUCACUGCGCUCAAGAGGGACUAGAAGAACAUUACCUCACAACCUUCUAUGGUCACCCUCCUGCCAUCUGUCUCCAUAAAAUUAAAAUAAUUGAAGUGCUGUCUAGUCCCAAAGAGCUAUCGUCUUUGAUUUUGGAAGGCCCUGGAAUAUCUCCCUAGUUUAAUG